UGCAAAGCCUACUGGUUGGCGUGGCGCGGGAAACGCCUUCCGGAGGGGGAAACAAAAUCGGCGCGCAGUCCGGCGCAGCCAGCCACCGCUUCCCGGAGUGCUGUCGCUUGCGCACCACCCAGCAGCUGCCAGAAUGCCAAACUGGGGAGGAGGCAAGAAAUGUGGGGUGUGCCAGAAGACAGUCUACUUUGCCGAGGAGGUCCAGUGCGAGGGCAACAGCUUCCAUAAAUCCUGCUUCCUGUGCAUGGUCUGCAAGAAGAAUCUGGACAGCACCACUGUGGCAGUGCAUGGAGAAGAGAUCUAUUGCAAGUCAUGUUACGGCAAGAAGUAUGGGCCAAAAGGCUAUGGCUACGGGCAGGGCGCAGGCACGCUGAGCACAGACAAAGGGGAGUCUCUGGGCAUCAAGCAUGAGGAAGCCCCCGGACACAGGCCCACCACCAACCCCAAUGCAUCCAAGUUUGCCCAGAAGAUUGGUGGCUCUGAGCGCUGUCCCCGAUGUAGCCAGGCAGUCUAUGCUGCGGAGAAGGUGAUUGGUGCGGGGAAGUCCUGGCAUAAGUCCUGCUUCCGAUGUGCCAAGUGUGGCAAAGGCCUUGAGUCGACCACGCUGGCAGACAAGGAUGGUGAGAUCUACUGCAAAGGGUGCUAUGCCAAAAACUUUGGGCCCAAAGGUUUUGGCUUUGGACAAGGAGCUGGAGCCUUGGUCCACUCAGAGUGAGGCUGCCACCAUCUGCACACCCUGCCUACUCCUGAGCUUUCAUCAGCAGUCCAUUCCCAGGAGCCUUGGACACCUCCAAGAUCCUCUCCCUCACUCAGCCCUGCUGCACAUCACUAAUGCCUUGGACUUGGGUGUCUGGCUUCUUUUGGUUUAGGGGUCUGCCCGAGCUCCUUCCCCACUAAGGGCUUCCUCCUGCCUGGCAUUUGAUACCGUUACCUUUAGGAGACAUCUGUCUAGUCAUCCCUUUCCAGAAACCAGGUCCCUCUCCCCACACCUCCCCCUGCCCCCCAGACCUCUGUUUCUAGGCUGAAUGUCAACCCUCUUCUGGCCAGGACACCUGAGCUCAUGUCUUUGGAGACCAAUAGAGCAAAGCAGGAGACCUGGGACAGGGAGGCAGGACCAGAAUUGGGCUAGGGAAGGUUGUGGUUUAUUGGGUCCCAGAGAGUCUCCUCUGGGUAGGAGGCUGAGUUCUUGGUGCAUCCCAGUCUGGGAAGUCCCCAUGAGAGGCAGAGAGGUGCAGAUAGGAUUCUGGGCCAUCAGAAGGAACUCUUUCUCUGCCCUCUUGCCUUUGAAUGUGGAAACAGUGUCUUUUCACUAAGGAAUGGAGAACAAGCCAGGUCAGAGGACCCCGAAGUCUAGAGGUUGUCUGACCUCCUUAGACAUCAAGUUCCCUGUUUGAUGGACAAGAGAGAGCCUAAUGAAUACCUUGAACAAGUAUUUACAUUUUUCAGUGGUCCAGAUCUUGGAGUGGUCAAUUCUGGUUCUAACCUUGGAUCGGGUGGCUGGGAUGGACAGUUUCUGUGGCAGCAUAGCCCAGGAUAGAGUUGUGUUCUAGCCACUCCUGAGGGUUCCCCUGAACCCCCAGUCCUCACUCCUCUCCAACCCAGACCCAAUUUUUCGUUUACCCUACCUUUCUCUAGUAACCUUCACUACCUUGCCCAUCCCAUCGAGGUCCCAAGGUCAGGAGCAGUGGGAGAAGGGGAAGGGUGGGUGAUGCUGCCCGGGACUGAAGGGACAAAGCUGUGUACAGCUAUUUGCUGCAUGGGCUGUAGGCAUGGGCUGUUGAAGCUGAUUUAUCAUCUGAUCAAUAAAGCAAUUUAGAACUGAA